CGCGCACAUUUAUGUGUGUAUAUAUUCUUUUAAUCUUCGACUUUCUCGUUGGUCUAACGGCUAAAUAUCGAGGUCCUGGCUUCAAGCUACAGGUCGGGCCGUCAUUUGCAAACUUUUGCGCCUUCCUCACUACGCCGAUUGCUCGUAAACGGGCUGCCACUUCAAGUCUUAUGUUUGGGCUUAAAAUUGGAAGGUCUCAUAGAUCUCGGUCCGAAAUGGGAUUACGUUUACAAUUUAACAGCUAUCAAUAAUGAUAUGAAUGAAAACGAAAAAUCAAAUCCAAAUAAUCGAAACGUAAUUAGGACAGAUAAAAAACAAAGUCACGGUAUAAAUUUAAAUGCAGAUCAUUCUUUGGUCGGAUCAGCUGAAUCUAAUAACGACGCGGUUCAUAGCCAUAUGAUAAGACAAUCAGCUUUACAAGAACAUAUCUUUAAUGAUGUAGACAAUGAGAAACGUGAAGUUAUAUAUGACGAAAGCAAUAAUGAAAGAGAUAGCGACGAUACCGCUCCUCAUGAAUAUACUAAGCAAUUUAUGGGAUCACAUAACACACAUAUGAUAGAUGAUGUUGUCAAUGACAGUAAUGGUAAAGCUGAAAUUGGUAUUAAAAAUAAAUCUGAUAAACUCACACGCGAUGAAGUUAAAUUUGGUAAACAAACACAUGGAAAUAUAAGUGAUAGCCUUCUGAGAAUCAAAAGUAAAAUAAACGAACGUAAAAUUAAAGAUAAUGCUAAAAUUAAAGAUUUCACAGUCCACAUAUUCAAUCAAUCCCUCGAUAUAUUCGAUAAGAUGAAAAAAAAUACAGACGACGCGAAAAUCAAACGAAAACUCAAAGCUUUAAGAGAGAGUUACAUCGAAAAGUUCAGUGAUUUCGUUAAAGAAACCGAAGAGCAUAAAUUAAAAACUAAAUUAGCAAAUCAAAAUGUUAUCUUACAUACAAUAGAUGUAAACAAUUACAUAUUGAAGAGAAUCGUCAAUUAUUUAUCAGAAGAUAAAGAUGCGAGCGCAGCUAGAAUUUCGGGCAUCGUUAACAUAUUUAAAAACGAACUUGAAAAAGAAAAAAACAUUGAAAACAAGCACGCCUGUUCGAAAUUAUCGAUAUGUCGCAGCGAUAAAGAAUACAGCGAUUUCAUAAUUAAAAUCCUAGAUAUAAUAUUAUUAACUGACAAUCGUAAAAUGAAACAGGCAAGCGAUGCAUUAACGGAAGUUAUAAAAACGAACGAUUUAACUAAUAUUAUUCAAAAUGAAACGCAAUAUAAACUGAGAAAAUUGAUGACGAAUAUGGAAUCAUGGGAUCCUUUUGUGACAAGAUCAAUGUUUUUAAUUUUAAGAAGCGCUAUAGCGUAUAAGAACCUACCCUUCACCGUCUCGCAUAUAUCCGAGUUGGAAGCAAUAAAUAGAACAGUCACCCUUCACAGUAUAAUAGACUUUUUAAAUAAGAACAUGGGUACUGUUGAAAAUAAAAACGAAUGGAAAGAUGUAAUAAAGAGGAUGGAAGAUUGGAGAGAUAACAAGCGGAACGAUGUCCAAAAAACGAUCGAAUUAAUUAUACGUCAAAUUAUAAAGGAAUUGGAGAAAAAGGACGUCGAAACGAGAAACUCCGUCAACUGUAGUUUGGAUGAAUUACUCAGUAGAAGACGACGUGUGACUUAGAGGUUUUAAAAAUAUAAUAAAACUCACUA